CAGCUGGCUGGCUCUGCGCGCGAAGUGGCUGCAGCCGGUGGGCCUCUGAGGGUGCUCACAACGGGGUGACGGGCGGCCCUGCUGGAAAAGAAGUGCACCGGUGCCCGGGGUGGGAGGAUGUGAUGACGCUGUGCCCCCGCAGCGGGAACUCGCGCCUUUAAAAAGCUGAGGAAACAGCCUCUGAGCAGACAGUGGCUACACUGGAGGCAAGCACACCCAGGUCUCACAUUAAAGAAGCCAAACUGUCUGCUUCAAAGAGAAAAGGCAACAUCCUGUCACAGGCCAUGCUCUGGCAAAAACCCACAGCUCCAGAGCAAGCCCCGGCCCCACCCCGGCCAUACCAGGGGGUGCGCGUGAAGGAGCCGGUGAAGGAGCUGCUGCGGCGGAAACGUGGCCAUGCCAGCAGCGGGACGCCGGUGGCACCGACCGCGGUGGUGCUGCCCCAUCAGCCCCUGGCCACCUACACCACAGUAGGUCCUUCCUGCCUUGACAUGGACAUGUCUGCUUCCACGGUGACAGAGGAGGGGGCCCUGUGUGCCGGCUGGCUCUCCCAGCCCGCCCCGGCCACCCUCCAGCCCCUGGCCCCAUGGACGCCCUACACCGAGUAUGUGUCCCAUGAAGCUGUCAGCUGCCCCUACUCGGCUGACAUGUAUGUGCAGCCCGUGUGCCCCAGCUACACGGUUGUGGGGCCCUCCUCGGUGCUGACCUAUGCCUCCCAGCCGCUCAUCACCAACGUCACGGCCAGAAGUGCUGCCACGCCUGCAGUGGGGCCCCAGCUGGAGGGCCCAGAGCACCAGGCCCCCCUCACCUACUUCCCGUGGCCUCAGCCCCUGUCCACGCUGCCCGCCUCCACCCUGCAGUACCAGCCUCCAGCCCCAGCCCUGCCUGGGCCCCAGUUUGUCCAGCUCCCCAUCUCUCUUCCGGAGCCGGUCCUUCAGGACAUGGAAGACCCCAGGAGGGCCAUCAGUUCCCUGACCAUCGACAAGCUGCUUUUGGAGGAGGAGGAAAGCGACACCUACACACUUAACCACACGCUUUCUGUGGAAGGCUUUUAGGGCUGGCUCCCACCCGACAGUCCUAUUCCCUGAAACUGGGAUUUAAAAAUAAGCCUGGUGAUAUCACUCAUAUAUAGAAUCUUAAAAAAAAAAAAAAAAAAGAAGACAAUGAACUUAUAUAUAAAACAGAAA